UCACCACCAUGUUCCUUUCAUCUGGUUCCAAUCCAAAGUCCCACCAACCAAAUUGAAAACAAAAAGCUUAAAAUUUUCAUGUCUCUUCCAAGCUAAAACCCUAACAAAAAAUCAAAAAUCCCUUUUUAACAAAAAUGGCUACUCUUCUUCCUUCUUCCCUCACAAACCCAAAUAAGCUUCUCUCACAUUCUUCCCAUUUCCACAAUGCAUCAUUAUCCACUUCACCUUCUUCUGUUCUUCACCCCAAAACGCAACGUUUUACUCGUCGUUUUGGGUCUGUUAGAUGCUCUUUAGCUUAUGUUGAUAAUGCUAAGAUUAAGGUCGUUGGAAUUGGGGGUGGUGGUAACAAUGCCGUUAACCGCAUGAUUGGUAGUGGUUUGCAAGGUGUAGACUUCUAUGCAAUAAAUACUGAUGCUCAAGCACUAUUGCAUUCUGCUGCCGAGAACCCUAUUAAAAUUGGAGAGCUUCUGACUCGUGGAUUAGGUACUGGUGGGAAUCCGCUUUUAGGAGAACAAGCCGCGGAGGAGUCAAAAGAAGCUAUUGCUAAUGCCCUUAAAGGAUCGGAUUUGGUGUUUAUAACAGCUGGGAUGGGUGGGGGUACAGGGUCUGGUGCUGCCCCAGUUGUGGCCCAAAUAUCAAAAGAGGCAGGUUACUUGACUGUAGGUGUUGUUACCUAUCCUUUCAGUUUUGAAGGACGUAAAAGAUCCUUACAGGCACUUGAAGCCAUUGAAAAACUUCAGAAAAAUGUUGAUACACUUAUUGUGAUUCCAAAUGACCGUUUGCUUGACAUAGCUGAUGAGCAGAUGCCCCUUCAAGAUGCUUUUUGUCUUGCAGAUGAUGUUUUACGCCAAGGAGUUCAGGGAAUUUCGGACAUUAUAACAAUACCUGGACUUGUGAAUGUGGAUUUUGCUGAUGUAAAAGCUGUAAUGAAAGACUCUGGUACUGCAAUGCUCGGGGUAGGUGUUUCAUCCGGUAAAAACCGAGCAGAAGAAGCAGCAGAACAGGCUACUUUGGCCCCUUUAAUUGGAUCUUCUAUUCAAUCAGCCACUGGGGUAGUGUAUAAUAUUACUGGAGGAAAGGACAUUACCCUGCAGGAAGUCAACAGGGUAUCUCAGGUUGUGACUAGUUUGGCUGAUCCUUCAGCCAAUAUUAUAUUUGGAGCCGUUGUUGAUGAUCGUUACACCGGUGAGAUUCAUGUGACUAUCAUUGCCACUGGCUUUUCGCAAUCUUUUCAGAAGAAGCUGCUAACAGACCCAAGGGCUGCAAAACUUCUUGACAAAGUGGCUGAGGGAAAAGAAACCAAGUCAGUGCCCUCUCCCCUCAAAUCCUCAAACUUAUCUUCCAAAGUUGAAUCUAGAGCACCACCCGCACGAAAGCUCUUUUUUUAGUCGCAUAGUUCAAUUUUUUUUUUUUCCUUUUUAGUUACCAUUUUAUUGUAGUCAUUCAGCUGUUUGAUGGUCUUGAAUUUUAUUUGAUUUGUUGAGAUGUCAUUACUCAUAUGGUUUAUUUUAACCACAUGCUUAAGUGUAUGUAGCUCCCAAACAGUUUUUGUUUAUGAAAUGGAUAUAUGUCUGAGCUUCUCUUUAA